UUCGCUGCGUGAAGGAUCGUAAACAGGGAGGACAGACAACUUCUUCUAUUCAGAAGAUCUGCAUUCCUCUUCCUGUGGGGAUACCCCACUUUUUCUUUUAAAGAACACCCUCUAAUUGUCCAGGGUGGAUACCCCUACCUCUUUUGGGACAUACACACAGUACUUCUCACCUCUUCUUUCUUGCUCAGGACAUCCAUAUUUUUUCUGAGGACGCCUCUUUUUUUUUGGAUCACCCCAGGAGCCGUGACCCGGGACAUGCCCUUUUCUUCUUGACACUUGCCUGCGGACUGUCGUUUUCUGAUGAAUGCCCGGUCGUUCUGGACACAGCCUUUCACGGUGAAAGACGCUGAAUAUGCCACGCAGCCCCACGUCCAGUGAAGAUGAGAUGGCGCAGAGCGUUUCAGACUAUUCAAUGGAGUCCGAAUCAGACAGCUCCAAAGAGGAGACCAUCUAUGACACCAUCAGGGCCACAGCCGAGCGUCCAACCAGCAGGCUGGAGGAUAUUCAGACCAACACCAUGGUCAUCAGGAUUGUAAUUCCUGAUCUGCAGCAAACUAAAUGUAUCCGGUUCAACCCCAAUGCCACUGUUUGGGUAGCAAAGCAGAGGAUCUUAUGUACUCUCAAUCAAAGCCUGAAGGAUGUUCUCAACUACGGCCUUUACCAGCCUUUCAGCAAUGGGAGAGACGGAAAGUUUCUCGAUGAAGAGCGACUACUGCGGGAAUAUCCUCAACCGAUGAGCAGAGGUGUGCCUUCCUUGGAGUUCCGUUAUAAGAAAAGACUGUACAAGCAAUCAAGUAUUGACGAGAAACAGAUUGCCAAGCUACAUACCAAGGCUAAUUUACGGAAAUUUAUGGAUUACAUUCAGCACUGUUCAGCGGAGAAAGUCUACAAAAUGUUAGAUCGGGGAUUGGACCCAAAUUACCAUGAUCCGGAAACGGGUGAAACUCCGCUUUCUCUGGCCGCCCAACUGGACAAUUCCGUAGAAGUGAUUAAAGCUCUCCGUAAUGGUGGCGCUCACCUGGAUUUCCGGAGCAAGGAUGGAAUGACUGCGCUGCACAAAGCUGCCCGAGCAAAAACACAGACAGCCCUGGUGACUCUGUUGGAGCUAGGAGCUUCCCCUGACUACAAGGACAGCCGAGGCCUGACCCCCCUGUACCACACCGCCAUGGUGGGUGGAGACCCCUACUGCUGUGAACUGUUGCUGCAUGAACACUCCAUGGUUGGAUGCAAGGAUGAGAAUGGCUGGCAGGAGAUCCACCAGGCAUGUCGAUAUGGCCAUUACCAACACUUGGAACACUUACUGUUCUAUGGAGCCAACAUGGGGGCUCAGAACGCUUCUGGAAACACCGCGCUUCACAUCUGUGCCCUGUAUAAUGAGGACAGCUGUGCACGGGUCCUUUUGUUCAGAGGAGCCAACAAGGAGAUAAAGAAUUACAACAGUCAGACGCCUUUCCAGGUUGCUAUAAUAGCUGGGAAUUUCGAGCUUGCAGAGUUUAUUAAAAACCACAAAGAAACUGAUAUCGUGCCGUUUAGGGAAGCACCCAGCUACUCUCAUCGGAGGAGGGGGCCGCAGAACACCCUGACAGCACCCAGAGUCCUCCUCCGUUCCAACAGCGACAACAACCUGAACGUGAAUAAUAUCCCUGAGUGGUCAGCCGCCUCAGCCUCUUUACACCGCAGCCUCUCACCACAGCUAUUGCAACAGAUGCAGAAUAAUCCAAAUGGAACUGUGAAAACUAUUGGGAGCUAUUCCCAAGUACCCCGGAGCCGCUCACCUUCCCUGAACCGCUUAGGAGAGGAUGCAAAAAGACAGCAGCACAGACACGUCAGUCCUGGUCCCAACAAGGAGGUGGCCACUGCUGUGGAUUUCCAAGGUCCAAAACGCAAGCUGUACAGUGCAUUACCCGGGAGGCAUUUCAUUGUGGUAAAACCUUAUCAACCUCAAGGAGAAGGCGAGAUUCCUCUGCACAAGGGCGACAGGAUAAGGGUUUUAAGCAUUGGAGAAGGAGGAUUCUGGGAAGGAAAUGCCAGGGGCCACGUUGGAUGGUUUCCUGCAGAAUGUGUGGAAGAAGUUCAGCCCAAGCCAAGUGAAGGGCGACAAGAAACGCGGACAGACAGGACGAAAAAAUUGUUUCGACACUACACUGUUGGGUCCUAUGACAGUUUUGAUGCUUCCAGUGACUGCAUUAUCGAAGAGAAGACCGUGGUUCUGCAGAAAAAGGAUAAUGAAGGCUUCGGAUUCGUACUCAGAGGGGCAAAAGCGGAUACUCCUAUUGAGGAAUUUAACCCUACACCAGCCUUUCCUGCUCUGCAGUACCUUGAAUCUGUGGAUGAGGAUGGAGUGGCUUGGCAAGCCGGCCUGAGGACUGGAGACUUCCUGAUAGAGGUAAACAAUGAGAAUGUGGUGAAAGUCGGACAUCGGCAAGUGGUUAACAUGAUCAGACAUGGGGGCAACCACCUCGUCCUCAAGGUGGUAACGGUGACCAGGAGUCUGGACCCAGAUGAUACCGCCAGGAAGAAAGCCCCACCACCUCCAAAGCGGGCUCCCACCACUGCACUGUCACUGCGGUCUAAAUCUAUGACCUCUGAGCUGGAAGAACUUGCAGUGGAUAAAGCAUCUGUACGGAAAAAAAGGGAUGUUCAGCUGUCUGAUGUUGAGUGUUUGAAGAGGAGGAUUGUAAUUCGCGUUAAACUAAAUAAGACUGAGGACUCUGCCCCCAUAUCCAAGCCCUUAAGACCUGUGGACAACGUGCCAUUAGACUCUAGGGUGGCCAACAUUAAACAACGUCCAUCCAAUAGAUGCUUCCCUCCUGUUACGGAAACGAAUUCAAUGUAUGAUAGGCAGGGUAUCGCUGUUAUGCCGCCCACUGUUCCAGCAAGCCCCCAUGGUCCUUUUCUGGGUAUACCUCGUGGCACUAUGAGAAGGCAAAAAUCAAUAGGUAUAACAGAAGAAGAAAGGCAAUUUUUGGCCCCUCCAAUGUUAAAGUUUACAAGAAGCUUAUCCAUGCCUGAUGCAUCAGAAGAUAUUCCACCCCCUCCAGCAACGUUACCUCCAUCACCACCUCCUCCUUCACCCUUGCCAUUUAAUUCACCCAAGUCUCCAACCCCUAGAGGAUAUGGAACCAUAAAGCCUACCUUCAACCAGAACACAGGCGCAAAGUCUCCACUACCGGCCGUGCGUUCCGAUAACAUGGGAACGAUAAUGAGGGACAAGAGCAUGUAUUACCGACGUGAGACCGAUAGGUUUUCUUUAGACUCUGAAGAUCUUUAUAGUUCUAAAAUGUCAUCCCAGCAGAACUUUGGAAAUAAGAGAGCCCAGUUACCCGAAAACCCUUACUCAGAAGUUGGAAAGUUUGGAAAUAAGGCUGUAUACGUGCCAGCCAAACCUGCUAGGCGGAAGGGUAUGCUGGUCAAACAGUCUAACGUGGAAGAUAGCCCAGAGAAAACAUGUUCCAUUCCCAUCCCGACCAUCAUCAUCAAAGAACCUUCCACUAGCAGCAGCGGAAAGAGCAGCCAGGGAAGUAGCACGGAGACGGACCUGCAAGCCUCGGAGCAGCAAGGACAGCUAAGGCCGGAUGACUCCCUCGGCGUCAGCGGCCCAUUUGCUGCAGCCAUUGCUGGAGCAGUGAGGGACAGAGAGAAAAGAUUAGAGGCCAGACGAAACUCUCCUGCUUUUUUGUCUACGGACCUGGGAGAUGAAAGCGUGGGGCCAACACCCAGUCCCAGGUUACGGCACUCGAAGUCUAUCGAUGAGGGUAUGUUCUGCAAUGAGGAGAGCUUUAAGCAAUUUGUGGGUCCGUCCUCGCUAAUUCUUAGUCGAACAGCUAAUGCAUUCAGAAACCACGGCGGUGCAAACAACGUGAGAUCAGGAAAGGGAAAAGGACCUGAAAACAACUCGGCUAAAGGACUUAACAUUUCUGGAAAUUACAUGCAUCCAGUUACAGGGAAGUUACUAGAUCCAAACUCACCGCUGGCACUGGCAUUAGCGGCUAGAGACAGAGCUAUAAAAGAUCAAGGUCAGCCCAGUCCUAGCCCUACAGAAACUGACAAGUCUGAUCUCAACAAGCCUCUUUUCAUCGAUACGAAGCUUCGCCCUAACGCAGAAAGUGCAGCUGCCAGCACCGGUAGGCAAAAUCAACGGGGUGUCUUAAAAAGACAGGAGACCGAAAUUAAACACGACACCGAAACGGCAAAGGAAGAAAAACGUCACGAAGAGAAAAAGAAUAUGCUGAUCGACAUUAUGGACACCUCACAGCAGAAGACCGCCGGAUUGCUCAUGGUGCAUACGGUAGACACCACUAAAGCAGAGGAUGAGCUUAUCGAUAACGAAGAAGUAGAAAAAGAGGCCUCUCUGGAAAACCCAACAACAGCAACUCCAGCAACAGAACCUGAUAACGUAGAGAAUGCGUUACCAAAAACCAGUGAUGUCAGCCUGCCAGCUCCCCCCAAUAAAGCCAUUGUAUCUCUAUGCUCGGUGGAUGAACCGGUCAUCCUCCCAUUCCGCAUCCCUCCUCCACCAUUUGCCUCAAUAGAUGUAGAUGAGGACUUUAUCUUCACUGAGCCACUGCCUCCUCCUCUUGAAUUUGCCAACAGUUUUGAUAUCCCCGAGGAUGUCUCUGCGAUGCCAUCAACAACACUGGCAGACUUGCUGAUGCAGAGGAAAAAUGGCACCCUACCCCUGGGUCCAUAUAAUCCCAAUGUUGCCUCUAAUUCUUUGGAAAGUAAAAAGCCUGGGGCUCUGUCGAACUGCCUGCCUGCCUCAUACAUGCAACACCCAGAAAGCUUUGAUAACGUCACAGACUCUGGGAUCGAGGAGGUGGACAGCCGCUGUGGCAGCGACCACCACUUAGAGACGACAAGCACUGUUUCCACCGUCUCCAGCAUAUCUACUUUAUCCUCAGAAGGUGGCGAAAAUUUGGACACAUGUACAGUCUAUGCAGAUGGGCAAGCGUUUCUAGUGGACAAGCCCCCAGUACCUCCGAAGCCAAAAGUGAAGACCAUAAUCAACAAAAGCAAUGCACUUUAUAAGGAUGCCGUCCUGGAAGAAAACAUGGACACUUUUGUUAUCCCUCCCCCUGCUCCACCUCCUCCGCCACUAGGGAUGCAGCCCAGUAUAGCCAAAGCUGGGCAGCUAAGGACCUCCAAGUUAUGGGGCGAUGCCCCAGACGUGAGAAGCCUAGUUAUGCCAAGUCCCAAAGCCAAUGUUAUUAGUGAAUUAAAUUCCAUUUUGCAACAAAUGAACAGAGAAAAGUCCAUAAAGCCGGGAGAAGGAUUAGAUUCACUGACUGGGAUGAAACCCGCAUGUCUCAGCACAAGGGGCACAGAUGUAUUGAGUACGGUCUCAGGUAACAGAAAUACCACGGUCACUUUCACUGUCCGUCCUGGAGCAAACCAGCCAAUUACUCUGCAGAACAGGAUGCCCGACUUCGACAGCAGGAUUGCCGGGAUGAGGCGAGCUCCAAGCCCUCUUGCCGAGAUAACCAGAGAUAUCCAACCUGGUCCUCUGUCAGCUCCAGCUGCCUCCAUUUCUGACGUCUUUGUUCUACCAACUCCUCCCCCUACAGGGGAUCUUUUUGGCAUGAACUUAGGGAGAAGCAGGUCCCCCUCCCCAUCAAUUUUACAACAGCCAAUUUCCAAUAAGCCUUUUUCAGCAAAGCCUGUCCACAUGUGGACUAAACAAGAUGUCGCCGACUGGCUGGAAAGUCUGCACCUCGGAGAACACAAGGAGAUGUUUAUGGACAAUGAAAUUGACGGAACCCACCUACCGAGCCUUCAAAAAGAAGAUUUGAUAGAUCUGGGGGUGACGAGAGUAGGGCAUCGAAUGAACAUAGAACGAGCACUAAAGCAACUCUUGGACAGAUAGAAGUACCUUGUGUUGCCUCUUUGUUUUCCUUUCCCGACAGAAAAAAAUAUAUAAAAAAUUCUUAACGGGGCCCUUAAAAAUACUUAAGGAAAAUCCUAAUAUUAUCUUUCUUUACUGCAAGUUUAAAUAGCUGUACAGAUAAUUUAUAAGCACAAUAUUUUAAGGAGACAAGUGGCUGGUCUACUGGGCAGCCUUUGUGCCACUAUAGUUGUAGAAAGAAAAAUGGAAAAAAAAGAACUUUUGUGAUUUAAUAAUACUAUUUCUGUGGAAUAAAUAUUUGGAAAAAAAAAACAUUAGUGCAACCUUUUUAGAAAAAAUAAAUAAAAACAAUCCGCCUCAUUUGAAUGCAUCUGAACCAGCUGAGCUGAGUUGUAUUUUCUACCUUUAUAGAACUUCUUCACGGAAGAAUGAUUAUUUCCUCGGAAGUGGGUACGGAUAAUGCAGCGGUUUCUGAAGAUCUGGAAAAAAAAUUAACUUGAACCCCUAAUGGAAACAAGUCAUGUACCCCUGUUCAGCGUCAGAGAGGCCUCUGCAGUUUUUUUUUUUUUUUGUGUGGCUGGGUGACCAUUCCCAAUCCACCACCCGAGCCACUCUGAGACUGGAAGGGGUUGUAGAUCUUAUGUGGUAUUAUUUUGCAGGUACUAAUUUGUAUCAAAGUUUAAAUUUAUUGUUGUAAUAAAGUAAACUAAAAUACAAAAAAAAAAAAAAAAAAAGCAAAAAGGUGUUUUACUUGAGAUGGUUUAUGGUUGUUUAACCUUUUUUUUUUUCAAGCCGGGGCAAGACUACCUACAAAAAGAAAUCACUCUCUCUCUUCCCCCUCCCCCCCCCAAGCCCAAGUUUUUUCUUAGUCCAUUGUUCCGUGGUGGAACCUCUCGAACCUGUUAAGUAGUUUUGCAGCCAUCAUUGUCUUCCACUUGAUGAUAAUUGCAGAAGAUAGAAAAUCGGAAAGGCCAUGCUAUUUUUUUGUAUUUGAAUGAAUAUGGUAUUACCUCUCUAUGACGUGCCAGUUACUGUUGACAUUUGCCUGCGUUGAGUCGUCGCUGUAGAAGGGGAUGACUAUGGAAGACAUUGAGAUCAAAACAUUUGCCUUCACGUCGAGUUCACGUGAACCCAUCGCCUACAUUUAGGGAGAGCAGACAUUUCUUUACACUGCCUCCCUGUAGACAACGGUGAGGCACCCAACAUGUUUUGUUCAUUUUGUUGGCCCAUCCAAUACUCUAGGGCAGGGCUCAGCAACCUCCGGCACCCCAGCUGCUAUGAAACUACAACUUCCAGCCUGAAAACGUGCUUGGCUGUUCUCACAACUCCCAUAGAAGUGAAUGGAGCAUUCUAGCAGGGAUGCUCAACCUGCGGC